AUGAUAACGGAGACAACUGAGCGCCAGGCCACCAAAAACAGCAUCUCUACCCCUUAUAACAAAGUCUGUUCCACUGAAAACAUCUGUUCCUCCUAUAACAUCCACAAUACCCCAAACUACACCAUCAAUACCCCCCAAAACCACACCCAUGCCCUCAUUAACAUCCACAACACCCCAAACAACACCAUCAAUAGCCCCCAAAACCACACCCAUACCCUCAUUAACAUCCACAAUACCCCAAACUACACCAUCAAUACCCCCCAAAACCACACCCAUACCCUCAUUAACAUCCACAACACCCCCAACUACACCAUCAAUACCCCCCAAAACCACACCCAUACCCUCAUUAACAUCCACAAUACCCCCAACUACACCAUCAAUACCCCCCAAAACAACACCCAUACCCUCAUUAACAUCCCCAAUACCCCCAACUACACCAUCAAUAUCUCUUAUAACACUAUCAAUACCACUAACACCUCCAAUAUUUUCUAUAAGAACAUCACUCCCACUCCUGGUCCUCCUCCUCCGGUACGUUCUCAGCUCUCCAUCGACUCGGACUCUGAGAUGACGGAAAGCUCUGGACUCCUGCAGGAAGUCAGCAUCCUGCCUCCUCAGAGGCCACGCCCCCUAAUCAUCUUCAUCAUCGGUGGUCCAGGAAGUGGGAAGGGAAGUCAGGCAGCGAGGCUAGCUCAUUGCUUCAGCUUCAGAGUCAUCUCAUUGGACGAGCUGCUGAGGAGGCAGCUGCUAAGCCACGCCUCCCCCAGCAGGAAGUGGGAGGUUAUUUCACAAAUGAUGGGUCAUGGAGAGCUGGGACCACAGGAUGAAACCAUGUCUGAGCUGAGGCGUCAGCUGAUUGGUCAGCAGGAGGCCAGAGGGUUCAUCACUGACGGAUUCGCUCAAGAUGUCCACCAGGCUCUCAGCUUCCAGGAACAGAUUGGCUCUCUUGACCUGGUGAUACUGCUGCUCUGCUCCAAUGAGACUCUGCGCUGUCGUCUGCAGCAACGAGCCACUCAACUCGGUCUCCUAGGAGACAAUAGCCACGCCCUGCGGAGACGCCUGGAGAUAUUUCAGAGAGACAUCGUCUCCAUCAACAGAUACCACAGACAGCUACACCUGCUGACACAG